AUGGAGAAAGAGACGGAUUGGAAUGCACUGUUCAGCGAUCACCCCAUAUUCUCCCUCCCAAAAGGUGUUGCUGAGUCAGCGGGGAAGAAUGAAACCUCUUUGGAACUCUCCCUCGGCUCUCUCCCAGAAUUCACUGAGGUGGAUCCUGAACACGAUGGGCCUACACCCUCAGGGAGGCGACAAGUCAUGAUCAUUAAGGAUGCGGAGCUUAUAGUCGCAGCUGGAAAUGAAAUUCGAAUGGCUUCUUUGCUCGACUCCAAGCUGGGUCGACCUGUGCGCAAAUCCUACAAAAUCCUUCAUACUCCGAAUAUUCAGUUCGAGAUUCAUCAACUGGCGUUAAGUCCUCACGGGAAACUACUUGCAGUGGCGGGGGCUUCCCAGGUCGCCGUUGUUGUACUACCUCGUGCAGGUUUCACGAAGCUGGUACCUUCGACCAUUGACUGCAAAACCAUUCAAGUAGGACAAUUCUAUCAUGCUGUAGACACCUCUGCACCAGUGGCGAAGAUCGAGUGGCACCCUUGGGGAGAAGGUGGAACAACCCUCAUGGUUAUGACUACAGACGGGAAGCUACGGGAGUAUGACAUGUCGGUGGAUUCAGAAGAACCUCAACAAACGUUAUUCUUUGUUCCGGACAAAAAGAAGAAUUCAUUUAUCGCCGAGGAUGAGUCUGAGCGAGAGGUUGUAUCGUUCACGUUAGGAAAGGGCAGAGCUGAUUGGGGCCCGUUGAGUAUUUACGCAAUAACACGAAGUGGUGACAUUUACGCCAUAUGUCCCUAUAUGCCAAAGAAUGCCUCUAUUCCAUUAGCAUACGUGCAUGCCCUUGAAUGCUUUGUCGCUGCCAAGCAAGAGUUUCUCGCUAGAUCUCCUGAGGAAGGUACUUCGUCGAACGGUUUGGAAAAUAUGUACGAGUACCAGCACAAAUAUGUUGCUGCCCUCGUGAAACAAUUACCAUCCGACGAUGCCCAUCCUGAAGCGUCUCGUUUCAUACUUAUGCAUCCGCCUUCCAUUAUGAAGAACCCUCCGGUGCGACAAGGUCCUUUCUUACUGCAACCUUCGCCACGCACGUUGGAAGGUAGCGAGGGUGGCGAUGCGACCGACAUUAUCUAUCUCGCUUUCGAGAAUGAAGCAGAAGAGGCUCAUGGCGACAUGGAACGAUUGGGCGUACUGCUGACUUCCUUCCAGGAUGGCCGGGUAGACGUGUAUCUUGAUCUAGAGAAGGUCGAGGCGAGAUGGGAACAUAAACAUGAUCCAGAUAGUGAUCUUCCUAUGCUUGCGGUGUAUGAGACUGUUGACCUCGGGAUCGUCUCGAGUCUGUCAAAAAUACCUCGUUCCGAGUCGGAUCCGUCAUUCCUAGAGCUCUUACGCGGCAACCAUCCGGUUCUGUUCUCCGAUCCUAUUCACGACGACACCGUCUAUGUGCAUCAUGCCUUUGGCGUGCAUGCUCUGCAACUGGGGCCUUUACUCCGGAGCCUUGUGCAAGUGCUACGGGGCGGCUCUGACAAUAACCAGGACGACAAUGCUAUUGGGUUGUCUGCCCAAGAUUGCAAGCCCACAGUAGUACAGCUCAUAUUGAACACGCUCUCAAUCGAGCGCAAAUGCUCAAGUCCAGUGGUCGGCUUGUCAAUUCCGAACGACAUCUACUUGACGUAUAGCCUCUUCAUUUUGACAUCUGCUAUGUGCAUCACAGUGUUCCCAUUGAACCUUCGGUCGGAGACACCGUACUCGAUUUCUUCUGAACUCCCCCUCGUACCCGAGAAUACACCUUCCAAGCUACAGUCAUCCUCAGCAACUCCACCUACACCUGCAUAUAUCUCGCUUCUUACACAAGACACUUAUGUCAUACCGUCCGCCCUCGCACAAUCUGCCACCUCGCUAAUUUCCCGCUUACCUCCAUCUCCUAGUCAAGGGGAAUUCGUGUUGACACCGGACACGAUGCGUUACCUCGGAACUGUUGUCGAGAAAUUUGGUACCAAGUUGCAUGAGAUAGCGGUAGCCCAUCGCGGGACAGAAAUGCGUGCUGCGAUACAACGGCAAGAAUUCGCACGGCAAAGGGAAAAAUGCAAGGAGAUGUUGGAGAUUGUGUCGCGGUUGAAGGGCCCACGGCACGCAGCGACACAGGAGAAGCUGAAGAACAUCGAGUCUGUGCAGAAGAAGCUCAUGGGGCGAUUGGAUAGGGUUUUGCAACUCCUGAUACAGAAGGCAUCGCCUGAUCUGAGCGAGAACGAAACCAGGUGGUUUAACGAGUUGAAGCGAAUGAAAGAAGAGGUUGUUGGCCGUAGCAAGUAUGAUGACAGGUCGUUGGUUGCGCGGUCCAAGCUGCUUCGAAGGGAAGUCGAUCGUCUGCUCCCCCAGCUGAAGGAGCUGAAGGGGAAAGAAAGAGAACGCAAACGAAGACUUGCAGAGGAUCGCGAAGCACUUGGGGUGUCUCAAGCUUUCGAGCUCGGGAAACGCUCCAAUGCAGAGCGUGUAAGAAUCAACAGCAUCGAAGAUGAGAUCCUCAAUCUUGCAGCCAGAUUGGACGUCACCCUCGGACGACCGCCCUCUUCUCAGUCGCAAUCACUGGAUCCAUAG